AUGUUCAAUGGAUUAGCGAGGACCCUUUUGACCAAGAAAACGAAGAGUUUGAAGGACAACUGUGGGAAUUCUGAUGCUAGAGAGGCUAUUGAAUCCAUGAUGAAGGAUGCAAAAAAGAAUGACUUGAUAUUAAGAUCAUCAGGCAUUGUCAAUGUCAACGGGUCGAAAAAUUUUGCUUCUGUUUUCUCAAAGAGAGGGCAGAAAGGUGUGAAUCAAGAUUGCUGCGUCGUUUGGGAGGAAUUUGGAUGCCAAGAAGAUAUGAUGUUCUGUGGGAUAUUUGAUGGACACGGUCCAUGGGGACAUUUUGUGGCGAAGAGAGUUAGAGAGUCGUUACCAUCUUCUCUUCUUUGUAGUUGGCAAGAAAUGCUUGUCGAAGCUUCACUUGAUCCAGAUUUCGAUAUGGAAGCAGAUAAAAAGCUUCAUAAAUUCAAUAUAUGGAAGCAUUCCUACUUGAAGACAUGUGCUGCUAUAGAUCAGGAUUUGGAGCACCACCGUAAAAUUGAUUCAUUCUACAGCGGAACCACUGCUUUGACAAUUGUUAAGCAGGGGGAGCUUAUUUUCAUAGCAAAUGUUGGUGACUCUCGUGCCAUAUUGGCCACCACUUCUGACAGUGGCAGCUUAGUACCGGUUCAGCUUACUGUCGACUUCAAGCCUAAUCUACCCCAGGAGGCUGAGCGGAUAAUGCAGUGCAAAGGCCGGGUAUUCUGUCUGCAAGAUGAGCCCGGGGUUCACAGAGUGUGGUUGCCAGACGAAGAAUCUCCUGGACUAGCAAUGUCUAGAGCGUUUGGGGACUAUUGUGUCAAGGAUUUCGGACUUAUUUCCGUCCCUGAAGUGACCCAGAGACAUAUAACGAGUAAAGAUCAGUUCGUUGUGCUGGCAACAGAUGGGGUGUGGGAUGUUGUAUCGAACCAAGAAGCCGUGCAAAUAGUAUCAACAACUCAGGACAAGGGAAAAUCGGCUAAGCGUCUGGCGGAGUGUGCUGUCCGUGCAUGGAAGAAAAAGAGAAGGGGAAUAGCUAUAGAUGAUAUAUCAGCAAUUGUACUCUUCUUUCAUUGUUCUCAUUCAUGUGAACAAAUUAAUCCUGUAUCUACACCAAAAUAA